UAAAACAAACACACCGACAGAACCACUCAGCUACCAGUGGUCCACAGAAGAGAAGCUUCAGACCUCUGAACCGGUUCUUUUGUCCUCGCAGGUGUUUUCUUUGGACCGCUCCAGACAGCAGACCGGACUUCUCUCUCAAGGCAAAAUGGGGAAACAGAACAGCAAGCUGACCCCUGAAGUGAUGGAGGACCUGGUGAAGAACACAGAGUUUAACGAACAUGAGCUGAAGCAGUGGUACAAGGGUUUCCUGAAGGACUGUCCCACCGGCCGCCUCAACCUGGAGGAGUUCCAGCAGCUGUAUGUCAAGUUCUUCCCGUACGGCGACGCGUCCAAGUUCGCCCAGCACGCCUUCAGGACCUUCGACAAGAACAGUGAUGGCACCAUCGACUUCAGAGAGUUCAUCUGCGCAUUGUCCAUCACAUCGCGGGGCAGCUUCGAGCAGAAGCUCAACUGGGCCUUCAACAUGUACGACCUGGACGGAGACGGCAAGAUCACAAGGGUGGAGAUGCUGGAGAUCAUCGAGGCGAUCUACAAGAUGGUGGGCACGGUGAUCAUGAUGAAGAUGAACGAGGACGGCCUGACGCCCGAGCAGAGGGUGGACAAGAUCUUUUCCAAGAUGGACAAGAACAACGAUGACCAGAUCUCGCUGGACGAGUUCAAGGAGGCGGCCAAGGGCGACCCGUCCAUCGUACUACUGCUGCAGUGCGACCUCCAGAAAUAGGCCGGUGUAGGGCGGGCAGAGCGCUCCGCCAGCCGCCACGGACUGCACAGAAAGAAUUUCAUGUUCCAUUCAGUUUGCA